CAAGACGUCGAGUGACUGAUCCCGUCAGCCAAGAUGAAACUCUCCCUGUCUGUGAUCGUGGCCCUUUGUCUGGCCAGCGGCUUGUGGAUUGGAGCUGAAGCUCUACGUGGGCAAGAGGUCUGCCCUCCCGGUUGGUCUCAGUACGGCUGCAAAUGUUUUAAAUUCUUUGGUGAUAAUAAAGAUUGGGCCGAUGCAGAGUUUUUCUGCGUCGCACAAGGCGGAAACCUGGCUUCUAUCCACAGUGCCGCAGAACAUAGGUUCGUCAAAAACUUGAUCAAACGCGCUACUGGAAGAGAUCUGAGAACCUAUGUUGGAGGUCAUGAUCUCUAUCAGGAGGGCCGAUGGAGCUGGAGUGAUGGAAAGCGCUUUGUUUUCCCCGGAGGGUGGCACAGGGGAGAGCCCAACAACCACGGUGGUAGAGAAGACUGCCUGGAGCUCAACUUCCACGGUGCCGGCAAUGACCUUCCCUGCCAUCUCCGAAGACCAUUUGUUUGCACUAAACCCAUGAUUUGAUUUCCAUGAAAAUGGCACCUUCUCCGGGUCACAAGGCUUGAAAAGACCGGCUGGAGUUUUGAUCCAUUUGAACAUUAGUUUAGUAAACAGUGAU